AUGACGCCUACGAGAAAGUAUGAGAGCUCGGAUGUCUCUGCCGAGAAGAAUUACGUUAGAAACACGAUCCAGAGAUCAAGAGAAUCUAUAAAGGAGAAAAUACUUGUAAGCCGAGUUUGGAAAAUAUAUUUUAGUUUAUUCAAGAAUUCAACUUUUGCUUUGAAUGAUAUCAAUUAUUCUGUAAAAAAAGGUGAAUGUUUUGGCUUGAUCGGCUUAAAUAGUUCCGGCAAAACAACCCAAUUCAAAGUGAUAACUUGCCAAGAUUAUGCAACAAAGGGAAACAUUUUUGUUGACGGACACUACGCCCAUUUUAACGCUACGCGGUAUGCUUACUCUCUGGGUUAUUGUCCACAAUCUUACGGUCUGGAUUACUUCCGAUCUGGUGAGAGCAAUAUGAAAAUGCUAUUGCGCCUCCGAGGACACUCAAAUCGUAAAGCACAAGAUGUGACCAAGGCUUGGUUCAAUAUCAUUGGCUUGAAACGUCACGCAAAGAAGGCGGUAUGGAGUUACAGCAUGGGCAUGAGGCGGCGGCUGGCGAUUGGCUGCGCGCUUUGCUCUGGUACUCCCGUAAAACUGCUGGACGAGCCCACUGCGGGGAUCGAUGUCGCCGCCAAGCACCGCGUAUGGGCCGAGAUUAAGCGUAGACUUUCCCAUGGCGACACCGUUGUGCUCUCGUCUCAUAAGUAA